AUGCAGUCCACCUGCCAACAGCAACAAGCUCAGCCAGGUCAGAACGGUACCUCCGCCAGCAGGACGUCGUUCCUCAUCGAAGAUAUCCUUAGUCGCGGCACCGUCACGCCGCAUUCGCACCACCAUCAGUUGCAUCAUCAGCACUUGACGUCGACCACCCCCGGGCACGGACAGCAUCAUCAGUACCAGCAGUUCGCCAGUCUGCUACCCGGCUAUCCUACGGCGCCGCCCGCCGCUGCGGCCUUCUUCUUGGGACCGCUUUUUGGCAGCACUGGCAUGGGGGUCGGUGUGGUGCCGGGGGUCGGCGAGCUGGCAGCCUUGAAACAUUGCCGACGACGAAAAGCUCGUACCGUGUUCAGCGACCAGCAACUGGCGGGAUUGGAGGCUAGGUUCGAGGUGCAGAGAUACCUGAGCACACCCGAGAGAGUAGAGCUUGCGGCCGCGUUACAUCUGUCGGAGACGCAAGUGAAAACGUGGUUCCAGAAUCGGCGAAUGAAGCACAAGAAGCAGCUGAGGAAACUGAACACGAGCACCGGCGGUAACGCCAAUUCGGGGCAGCAAUCGAUCUCCGUUACAUCGCCGGCUGAACGGCCCGUAGACUUCUCGCUGAGCGGCGGUCGCGAGUCUCGCGCGAGCAGCGACGCGCCCGCCGAUUCCGACGACGAGGACGAUGACGAGAUCGACGUGCUGGGCGACGAGACGCCGUCGCCGACUCCGACACCAGCCGCGACGCCGACCCCGACGCCUGCACCGACGGUCUCGACACCACCGGCGCCGACGCCUACGUCGACGCGAAGUACCACCAUGCCGCCUCUGUCCAGACGCGGCACGCCACCGAGAAUCCUCCACACGACGAUUCAUCCGCAUUCCCAUCCACACCCACACUCGGUCGGCUUGCAUCAUCAGCCGCAACACGGCCAACAUUCCGCCCAACAACGUCAACAUCGCUGAGGCGACACGUCGUGAUAAGGACGUACCGGCCGUCUCUCUUGCAAGAAUCACGGUAAUCGCGUAGAGAGGAAGAGGAUGAUCUUACGACGACGAUGUCCGCGACGAUCGGCUCGGAUAUUCAUCGGAAGUCGUCGCGCGAAUUCAGCAGGGGGAAAUCGCUCCGGAGUUCGGGGAUCGAGAAACGUCGUUUUGCGUCUCUUUUGCGCGAGAGGUAUUUAUUAUGAAUUAUAACGAAGGAAAAAAGAGGGUGGGAGAAAGCGGAGAAUUGAGAGGCGAUU